GAUAUACAAACUCACAUAAACGAAGCGAGGAAGAACUGAAGCUAAAGCUUGAAGAAGAAAGCGCUAAAGGGUCAUGUCUGAGGAUCAGAAAAAUGCUCGAGCUGAGAAAGCUCCGAAAAAAGAAUCUCAGCCUUUAAUCAUCGCUAAAACUCCAGCACAGGAGCAGCGAUUGAAGCUGGAGAGACUGAUGCGAAACCCCGACAAAGCUGCGCCCAUACCAGAGAAACCAAAAGAGUGGAAUCCAAGAGCUCCACCAGAGUUUGUGCGCGAUGUGAUGGGUUCCAGUGCUGGAGCAGGCAGUGGCGAAUUUCAUGUGUAUAGACAUCUGCGGCGCCGCGAGUAUCAGAGACAAGACUUUCUGGAACGAUUGUCUGAUAAACAAAAGAUGGAUGAAGAUUAUAUUGAGAAGCUGGAAGAAAACCAAAAGGCUGCUGAGGAUAGAACAGCCAAGCGUAGAAAGAAAAGGGAGAAGUUGAAACAGAAGAAGCUGAUGGCCAAGAAAGCCAAGUUGGAGAGCCAGAAAGAUGGAGGCGAAGUUUCGGAGGAGCCAUCACCAGUAUCCUCUUCUGAAGAAGAGGAGCGAGAAGAUGAUGCUGAGGCGCCCAGCUUCAUCAUGGGCCAGAGGUGACCGCGUGAGAUGGGCUCACAGACUCGACACUGUCUAUCAGACGUCUUUAAGAAACCAGACGCACCUCAAACUUUGAAGAUUUAGAAGAGGCGUGUGCUGAAAUUACAACAAAUUCCAAGUCUGUGUUUUCAGAAGCAUGCUGUCAUCAUGCCAGCCUGAGUCAGAUGUCAAACUCUUAAACUGGACAUUUAAUAUGUUGUUGUAUUUUUUUUUAUAUGGUUGUUCAUGAUGACAUGUGUUUAGGUUGCACCCCAUGCUGUGUUUGUUUCUGUAAAUAUGCAUUUUUAAUAAACAACAAAACGAUAGGUGUGUUUGGCAUUCAUUAGGAAAUUCCCACAGCGCCUUGAUGUUUGUUUUAUUUUAAAUUAUUAUUUAACACGUAAUGCAGAUUCUGAUAAUACUGUAUGUGUGUUAUUAAAUACUGCACUUCAGAGGCUACAAACGAUAUUUCUCAUGAAUAAUUCUUAUGUAUAAUGGACCAUAAUUGGCUGCUUUUUAGUCUCCGCUCCUGUAAAACUUCAGUUCUGCAAAAAGGUGAAAACGGUUAUUGUGUUGUUGCAUUAUCCCAUGUUUCUGAACUUCAGAUCAUGUACCUCUCAAGUCUUGAUAUGCUUUUAUAUUUUCUUUCGCAGCAAAUCUGCAUGGAGCUAUUGUCUUCCAGUUUUCUGUGGGUCUUUUACUGCUACCUUUUUUUAAAAUACUGUCUAUAAAUAAAUAAAUGAGAAAAUAAUGCAUCAACAAAACACACUGUAACAAUGACAAUCGUUCCUCACUUGACAACUAAUGUUUCAUCUGAAUGCACAAUAAUACCAGUGGUGACAGAGCAACUGUGUAAAUAUUCAUUAGUCAAAGUCACAUCUAGUUAAUCUUUAUAUAGAAUCACAUUCCUUUUAUACAUUGUGAAUGUGCAGUAUAUUGUACCCUCCACCCUGUAUUACAGCUCUCUAAAUCCUGCUCAUACUUUAUAGUCUGAUUCACCACAAUAGGAUUUUGGAUAUUGUUGGAUUCCUAAUACGUCACAUCUCAACUCACCCUUCCAGUCUUUGUCUGUGAUGUUUGUUUUGAGCUUUAUGUUAUUCAUAUACAGACCUCAUGUACAAAGUACAAACUGCGCACAAAGAGAAUGAAAUUCCCUAAACACAAUAUUUUGAGUAAGCACAAAAAGGCAAAGCACAAUUUUAUGUACUCUAAACUAAUAAUGCAAUUCUAUAAUUAAUAAUGAGUUAAUAAUAAUGAUUAUUAGGUGAAGAAUCGGUAUUGUUAAUGUGUAUCAUUC